GCUAACUUGACAGCAGCGCUUCUUUCUUAGCUAGUCACCGGCCCCUGCCUAAGAAUGCUUAUGUCUGUGUAGUCUCCACAGGGAGGUUGUUCUCUUGGAGACCUGAGAGUCAGCCCAAGCUUCCGAGGACUAGGGAGGAGCCAUUCUAGCCAUGAGCUGCUGCAGGACUCUGCCAGGGGGCAAGUGGCCCGGAGUCCUCUUGCUCGCCUCCCCGUUGCUCCGGAGAGAGAGGUGAGCACCGCCGGCAGCCAGCGCAGCCAGAGGUGCCAGGAGCCCUGGCCUGUCAUGGUGGCUGUUUCCAGGCAGCUUGAGGCACUCCCAGACGGGUUUGCAGCUGAGAUUGUUUAUCUGGUGUGGGAAGAAGAUGGGGAGUUACUUGUCCAUCUCUGCUUACUUCACCUCCAGAGACCCCUUUAGGUGUUCAGAAUGCCAGGAUUCCCUUACCAACUGGUACUAUGAGAAAGACGGGAAGCUCUACUGCAAUAAGGAUUACUGGGGGAAGUUUGGGGAGUUCUGCCACGGGUGCUCUCUGCUGAUGACAGGACCUGCCAUGGUGGCUGGAGAAUUCAAGUAUCACCCAGAAUGUUUCACUUGUAUGAGCUGCAAGGUGAUCAUUGAGGAUGGGGAUGCAUAUGCUCUGGUGCAGCAUGCCACCCUCUACUGUGGAAAAUGCCACAAUGAUGUGGUGCUGGCACCCAUGUUUGAGAGACUAUCCACAGAGUCUGUUCAGGACCAGCUGCCCUACUCUGUCACACUCAUCUCCAUGCCAGCCACCACUGUGGGCAGACGUGGCUUCUCUGUGUCUGUGGAGAGUACCUGCACCAACUAUGCUACCACAGUGCAAGUGAAAGAAGUCAACCGUAUGCACAUCACUCCCAAUAAUCGGAAUGCCAUCCACCCUGGUGAUCGCAUCCUGGAGAUCAAUGGCACCCCUGUUCGCACACUUCGCGUGGAGGAGGUAGAAGAAGCAAUUAACCAGACAAGCCAGACGCUGCAGGUCUUGAUCGAACAUGACCCUGAUUCCCAGCACAUGGACCACCGACGACUAGAUGCACGACUUUCUUCUCACAUACAGAAUGCUGUACAUCCCAACACCCUCAGUACCUUGGACACCAAGGAGAAUCUGGAAGGGACGUUAAGGAGACGCUCACUGAGACGCAGUAACAGUAUCUCCAAGUCCCCUGGCCCCAGUUCUCCAAAAGAGCCCCUCCUGCUCAGCCGUGACAUCAGUCGCUCAGAAUCCCUCCGUUGUUCCAGCAGCUACUCACAGCAGAUAUUCCGGCCAUGUGACCUGAUCCAUGGGGAGGUCCUGGGAAAGGGCUUCUUUGGGCAGGCCAUCAAGGUGACACACAAAGCCACGGGCAAAGUAAUGGUCAUGAAGGAAUUAAUUCGGUGUGAUGAGGAAACACAGAAGACUUUUCUGACUGAGGUGAAAGUUAUGCGCAGCCUGGACCAUCCCAACGUGCUGAAGUUCAUUGGUGUGUUGUAUAAGGACAAGAAGCUGAACCUGCUGACAGAGUACAUUGAAGGGGGCACACUGAAGGACUUCCUGCGCAGUGUGGAUCCCUUUCCUUGGCAACAGAAGGUCAGGUUUGCCAAAGGCAUUGCUUCUGGAAUGGCUUAUUUGCACUCCAUGUGCAUCAUUCACCGGGAUCUGAACUCACACAAUUGCCUCAUCAAACUGGACAAGACUGUGGUUGUGGCUGACUUUGGGCUGUCCCGGCUUAUCGUGGAGGAGAGGAAAAAGCCACCUGUGGAGAAAGCUAACAACAAGAAACGUACCUUGCGUAAGAAUGACCGCAAAAAGCGUUACACAGUGGUGGGAAACCCUUACUGGAUGGCUCCUGAGAUGCUGAAUGGAAAGAGCUAUGAUGAGACAGUGGAUGUCUUCUCUUUUGGAAUCGUUCUCUGUGAGAUCAUUGGGCAGGUGUAUGCAGAUCCUGACUGCCUACCCCGAACACUGGACUUUGGCCUGAACGUGAAGCUAUUUUGGGAGAAGUUUGUCCCCACGGACUGCCCCCCAGCCUUUUUCCCCCUGGCCGCUAUCUGCUGCAAACUGGAGCCCGAGAGCAGACCAGCAUUCUCAAAACUGGAGGACUCCUUUGAGGCUCUCUCCCUGUACCUUGGGGAGCUGGGCAUCCCGCUGCCUGCAGAGCUGGAGGAGCUGGACCAUACUGUGAGCUUGCAGUAUGGCUUAACCAGAGACUUGCCCCCUUAACCCCAGCCAAGCCCCCUGCAGGGGGGUGUUUCACAAACAGCAUUGCCCCCUCUGCGCCCUCUUCCUGAAGUAGACAGGGCCAUUCGGGCUUUCUGCAGAUUGGAGGCUUGUUUAGAACAAGUGAAAUAAGCCAUCCCUACUACCUCCCAAGACGCCAGCGAGCACACAGCAACACGGAAACAUCUCCACUGGUUUUGGGGCCUGGUUACUUCCUAUAAAUUCAACACUCGCCUGAAAGCUGUGAAGAAGGAAGAAGGGGUAACUGGCCCUGGGCCAAGAGGAAUCUUACUUGGGAUCUCUUGGGAACUCCUUGGCCACAGGAUUCUGGCAGGCUCUUGCUUAACACUACUCAACGUAACCUAGACCUGGUGGGCCAAAAUACCAUGGUGAACCUGCCUGUGAACUCUGCAGCCUCUGGUCCACCUAGGUACAAGAGGACUUCAAGUGAGAGUGUGGACGAGAGAAAGACUGGCUGUUUGCCAGGUGGGCUCCAAGUCUGUGAAAUGACAGUGGUGCUACUUCCCUCCCACAUCAUGUCCCCUCACCCCUGGAACAAGGGUUAUGGGAGUAAAUUUGAAGAAUCCCUUUGGCAGGUGUUAGAAGGGCUGCUUUGCGCAUGUCCCAGGUGGUGAGUCUGGCAAGCCCAGGAUGAGGAAACACUGCCAUCUCAUGUUCUCAACCCAUACCACUGGAAAUUGGCUUAAAAAGUCUGAGAAAUAUCCAUUCUGCUUGCACAGUAGUCACUGACAAGUGCAGAAAGUAAGGGCUAAAAAGAAGCCCUGUCCUCUAGAAAAACCAAAUCCUCGCCACUGUCACUCAGUCAUUGAUGGCUUCUUGGUCAGACAGAAAUCCAAGACAUUUUGUCUAGAAUGAGAUGGAUUCUGGAGGACACUGGCUUGUUGGCAAUCCAUUACAGGGAUCCGCAUUCCUUUGGCCCUGCCUUUUCAGCAGCCACUGCUCACCUUUCCCUGGACCUGGUCCAGGAAAUAAAUUGGGUGGGAAGAGGUGAUGGCCAAGUUCAGCAGUUCAGAUGCCUGGAGGAGACAACACUCUGAGCUGGGCUAAAUAUGGCUUCUACCUCCCUUGCUGGCUAGCUAACUCACUAGUUCCUGGCCACAGCUCCUGAGCCCCAGCUUUAGGUGCUGGAAAGCCCCACAGGCUCAUUCCACCUUAGCUCCAAGAGCUCCUUUAGUGCUUCAGUGUAAAUAGAUUUGACUCCUCCUAGGUGUCUGUGAACUUGUCCUAUAUCUAACAAAUUGGAGGUGGGUUUGGGAUAUUACUGCAAUGUGUGGUGGCUGUAUUGGGGGAGGGGGAUGAGUGAGAGUUAUCCAGAAGAAUGAUUGUUAAUAUUGUUAUUGGGUGACAUGUGAAAUACUGUACAUAGACCUGAUGAGUUCAUGGGACUAGCUGUAUGUCUGGCCAGAAUUGACUUGCUCUUAAUAAUCCACAUUUGUGAAGUUAGUGUUCAAGCUCAACACUAGGCUCCCAGCAGCAGCAAUGUCAGCAUUGCAUAGCUGGGUGUACCUCAGCUAUCUCUAGCAAGUUUGAAAGUUGUAGGCCCAAGCUGGGCCAUUGAGCAGACCAAAUAAAUUAAGCAGUUGACAUAA